AUGGAGAAUCUUGACCCCCACCAACGUCCACCAGACGGCAUCCGCAAUGUAUAUAAAAAGUACCAGAAGCUGAAGCUCGAGGCACUGAAUCGAGAUGCCGAGAUCGUAGAUCCGCACGAUCCAUCGGACGCCCAAAGAAGCAAGAUUGCGAUUGUCCAAGAGCUCGAAACCGAAUUUAUAUUCAAAAUCACGUCUAAUACCUCCACAGGCCUUCACAUAAUCCCCAAUCUCCUCCCCCCAGAAAUCCAACAAAUCCUCCUCCAUCGUCUCCUCCACCGUGACCUCUCCAACCCCUCACAUCUAACCAACAUCCACACGCACUACAAACUCUCCUAUCCUCCCCAUGACUCCUCAUUCUUCUCCUUUCCCCCCUCAUCCCAGGACCACAUAGCCCACCCCCUGGACCCAUCCGUCCACAAACCCCUCACCGUCUCCCAACUCCUCAACCGCAAGAUGCGCUGGACGACCCUCGGAGGCCAAUACGACUGGACCGCCAAACGGUACCCCGACGCCCCGCCUCCAACCUUCCCACCCGACAUCAAAGACCUCCUGGAGGCCAUCUUCACAGACACGAAAGCCGAGGCCGCGAUCGUCAACCUGUAUUCCGCGGGCGACACGCUGAGCGUGCAUCGCGACGUCGCCGAGUUCUGCGACACGGGGCUCGUCAGCGUGAGUCUGGGCUGCGAUGCUGUGUUUGUGAUAGGGAUUCAAGAGGACGGUGGGGAGGAGAAGAUCUUGACGUUGAGGUUGAGGUCGGGGAGUGCGGUGUAUAUGAGUGGGAAGAGUCGGUUUGCGUGGCAUGGUGUGCCGCAGGUGGUGGGGGGUACUUGUCCAGAGUAUUUGAAGGAUUGGCCUGCUGGGGAAGGGAGGGAAGGGGGGUUUGAGGAGUGGGCUGGGUGGAUGGCGACGAAGAGGAUAAAUUUGAAUGUUAGGCAGAUGUGGGCUUGAUAUCAUUGGAGUGUUUACAUUCGAGUGGUUGUUUUGAGUUAAUGUGGUGAUGCUAUACGUAAUGUCUGAUCCCACGUCAACAUGAAGAUAAA